CUGGGUUCAAAAUACUUUCGCUCAUUUGUUGUGUCGAAAAUGUCAGCAGAAGUCGAUCCCCUGAGUCAGUCUGUCGUCAUUCGGAGUUUAAGACGCUUUAGGGAAAAAUAUUUUCCUUCAAGCGGAAAAGGUGGCGAGGAUGAAGCGGAUUUGGAUUCAUCGGAGGAGACUUCACAGCUGGGGUUAUUGGACAUCUUACCGGUAGAUCUGCAGUUCAUGAUCAUGACCUUCCUGUCACCCGUGGACAUCUGUCGUCUGGGUGCAUCUAGCCGGUACUGGAGGGCGAUGGUUCGAGACCCACUGUUGUGGAGGUUCUUCUUGCUGCGGGACAUGCCAACCUGGACUUCCAUCGAUCACAUGACCAUGCCCCAGCUGGAGUCCCUGGAUGCACCACUGAUCAAGGAUGGCGACUCAGAAGACGACACAGAGACAACAGCCAAACCUGACUACAUGGCUGAGUACCUGAGGGCCUGCCCUUCCUGCAGACAAAGAUGGCUUCCAUCACGCCCCACAUAUCAGAUCCUGACAUCAUUCCUGCAGUCGUUGGUACCAGCGACUGAACCCCGAUUUGCCAUGUUCGGCCCAGGCAUGGAGCAGCUGGACGUCUCUCUGGUCACCACGCUCAUGCACUCCCCUCAUAUUCUCCCCGUGUCCGGCACUCCUCACAGGCAGAUUAACGGCAUCGGUUCUGGGAUUAGCUAUGUCUACAAAGAGCGGCACAAAUUCAACAUUUUAACCCUUUAUUCAACAAAUAGGGCAGAGAGGGAACGAGCCAAAAUGCAGAAGCAGUAUUUAAGUGAUAAACUCUUCAUAUGCGAAGGAAAUGACAGUGUGGGUCGUCCAGUCUACAGUCCGGCACCUCAGCUUCAGCAGGUGUGUGAGGUGGUGAAUGGUUUCAUCUAUGUGGCCAACGCUGAGCCAUGGAGAGAUGAACGAGCAUCUGAGCUCCCUCAGAUCCAGGCUGUGCUAAGGAAUGUCCGCGACUCGGCCCCUCGACCUUUGCUGGUCCUCUCCUGCAUCUCCACUGAAGAGCCGCCGAGUUUAGUGUCCAGUAGCACCUCUAAAACGGGUCGAAUUUACUGCAUUGACAUGGCUCGAAGGCUCGGUCUGUCUCAGCUGGACAAUCCCUGGAUGGUGCAGGACACAGUAGCAGAGACACUGUCGGGUCUGCUGGAUGGGAUCUCAUGGCUGCUCAGGUGCUCAGGAGUUAACGUCUAGAGGGAGAUAGUUCUCGUGCGAAUGAACCAAAACCGUAAUACAUUAUUUAUUGCCUGUGAAGAGCUACCGUAAUAUGACGUCCUGUGAUACAUUUUGCUUCAUACAUUUGUAUCUGGAAUUAUUUUGCACAUGAGCAAUAAAGAAAAAUAAAUAAUUAUUUUUCAAUUUUUAUUUCUCUGUAAUGUUAUGUUUUAAUAUGUAUAUUAUAUCCUAUACUUUUGUCUAUUCACACACCACUGAUCUGUUUUAUAACAAAACUGCAUAAAAUAACCAGCAAAUGUAUUGAUUGUAAACCUCCUUUAAAUUGUGUAUUUAAAUUAUAUGUACAUGUGGCAAGCAUUAUACUUUCUCUUUAUUAGUGAUACAUUUUGCAAUAGCAAUGUACUGUGUUCUCUUAGUGAUUAUUAUCACAAUGGAAUAUAGUGAACCAAGUGACCAGCUGUGCUGAAAUCUGUUGCUUAACCAGAACACAAGAGAGAGCGGUUCAGACAACUCUCUGCCCACUUUGUGUUUCAUGACAAGAUAAUGUUCCUCUUCACCGCAGAGGAUUUUUUUAUUGGUAAUGUCCAUGGUAUGCACCAAUUAUCUGGUAAUGUUCUCAUGUGCUUAUUUUAGAAAACUACUUACAGUCCUUGCAGAUGUGUAAGGGUUCCUGAGUUCUUAAAGGUUCAUGCUCCCUGUUUUUAAAGAUGAGAUUUUGUGGGAUUACUGCUCUGUUCAUCUGUCAGUGUUUGAUUUUGUGCUAAAAAAAAAAGGAUCUAGAUCCAUCCAUUUUUUUAUUAUUUUGUUUUAGUUUCCACACCAGAAACAACUGUUAGGUGUCCAUUCACUGAAGGAUGUUUUACUGUU